UUGUUUUUUUCUUUCUAGUCAGGCACAUUUACCGACAGCUAAACCCUUCUGGAAGGGGUCCUUUUCCACGAAGCUGAAGACGCUUAAUAGCAAACAAACAUGCCGACAGUCGGAGUUAAAAAGGAUCUUCUCUUCAAAGCGUUGGGUAGAACUUACACUGAUGAAGAGUUUGACGAGCUGUGUUUUGAAUUCGGACUGGAGCUGGAUGAAAUUACCUCAGAGAAAGAGAUAAUAAGUCGCGAACAGGGCGACGUGAAGGCAGCAGGAGCAUCUGAUGUCAUCCUUUACAAGAUCGACGUACCGGCAAAUCGCUAUGACCUUCUUUGUUUAGAAGGUUUGGUUCGCGGGCUUCAGGUCUUCAGGAAUAAGUUGGAGGCACCUCGGUACAGACGUGUUAGCCCCAGUAGCGGCGAACCUCAGAAACUCAUUAUCACCAAGGAGACAGCUGCUGUGCGCCCCUUUGCUGUGGCAGCAGUUUUGAGGAACAUCACAUUCUCACAGGAGCGCUAUGAUAGCUUCAUUGAGCUGCAGGAGAAACUCCAUCAGAACAUUUGCAGGAAAAGGUCCCUGGUGGCAAUUGGGACUCAUGACCUGGAUACUAUCUCAGGUCCUUUUACUUACACAGCCAAGCCACCUGCUGACAUCAGUUUCAAACCACUGAACCAGAGCAAAGAAUACACUGCCACCCAACUCAUGAGCCUCUACAAGACCGACAGCCACCUGCGACAUUAUCUUCAUAUCAUUGAAGACAAGCCUGUGUACCCCGUUAUUUAUGACAGCAAUGGCAUUGUCUUAUCUAUGCCUCCUAUUAUCAAUGGCGAUCACUCAAAAAUCACUCUGAACACCAAGAAUGUCUUCAUUGAGUGCACGGCCACAGAUCUGACCAAGGCAAAGAUUGUGUUGGACAUGAUGGUGACAAUGUUCUGCGAGUAUUGUUCACAGCCUUUCACUGUAGAAGAGGCUGAAGUGGUGAACCCUGAUGGCACGACCUGCAAAUAUCCAGAACUGGCCUAUAGAAAGGAGAAAGUGACCAGCGAGUUUAUCAAUCGCAAAGUUGGCAUCAACGAGUCGACUGAGAAGAUCGCCCAGCUGCUGACUCGCAUGUGCCUACGCUCUCAGGCUACAGGUAUUGGUGAUGAAAUAGAGGUUGAGAUCCCGCCCACCCGCUCGGACGUCAUCCAUGCUUGUGACAUCAUGGAGGAUGCAGCCAUGGCCUUUGGUUUCAACAACAUUACCCGCACCACGCCACGCACCUACACCAUAGCCAACCAGUUUCCACUGAAUAAACUGACAGAGCUGCUAAGACAGGACCUUGCAGCCGCCGGAUUCACAGAGGCCCUCAACUUUGCCCUGUGCUCUCAAGAAGAUAUAGCAGACAGGCUUGGAAAGAAGAUCUCUGAAACCAAGGCAAUUCACAUCUCCAACCCAAAGACCGCAGAGUUCCAGGUGGCGCGCACCACUCUGCUGCCAGGUUUGCUGAAGACAAUUGCAGCCAACAGGAAAAUGCCUCUUCCUCUCAAGCUGUUUGAGAUAUCUGAUGUAGUGCUGAAAGAUGACACUAAAGAUGUCGGGGCGAGGAACAGCCGACGUUUCUGUGCUGUUAACUACAACAAGAGUCCAGGCUUUGAGGUGAUCCACGGCCUGCUCGACCGAACCAUGCAACUACUGGGGGUGAGGCCAAGCCGGGAAAAUGGCUACCACAUCCAGGCUGCUGAAGAUUCCACUUUUUUCCCCGGGCGCUGCGCAGAGAUCUUUGUCCACGGGAAGAGCAUAGGACAUCUCGGGGUCCUCCACCCACAUGUCGUCAACAGUUUUGAGCUGACGCUUCCCUGCUCCGCCCUAGAGAUGGACAUCGAGCCUUUCCUUGGCCAGACGGCUGAAACGCACCUCUCACACAAGGUUCCCAUGCAGGAAGUCAUCCAGCACAAGUUCCCCACUCAAGUCAAAUCCCAACAGGCUACAUCCUCCACAAAAACUGUGUUUGGAGACUUGACAACGCUUGUGGCUCUCAAAGCUUUAAAUAAUUUCCUGGCGGACAAAAGCUACAUCGAAGGCUUUGUCGCAUCUCAGGCUGACGCUGCCAUCUUUGAUGCCAUUUCCUCUGCUCCGUCACUAACUUUGUGCCACCUCCUGCGCUGGUACAACCACAUCAAGUCCUUCCACAAGGAAAGAGCAGACCUUCCUGUCGUUAACAAGCAAUUUGUGCUCCCAGAUACUCCUCCCACCUCCUCCAACAGCGAUGAAGACAUAGAUCUUUUUGGCUCGGACGACGAGGCUGACAGAGCAGAGGCCAACAGAAUCAAGGAACAGCGACUUGCCGAGUACGCUGCCAAGAAGUCCAAGAAGCCAGCUGUCAUUGCCAAGUCCUCCAUCGUUCUUGACGUCAAGCCCUGGGACGACGAGACCGACAUGGCCAAGAUGGAGGAGUAUGUCCGCAGCGUCAGCAUGGACGGUCUGUUGUGGGGGCAGUCCAAGCUGGUCCCAGUGGGCUACGGCAUCAAGAAACUCCAGAUAGGAUGUGUGGUCGAAGAUGAGAAAGUGGGCACAGAUAUGUUGGAGGAAGCCAUCAUCGCUUUUGAGGAUUUUGUUCAGUCAGUGGAUGUGGCUGCCUUUAACAAAAUCUAACUGGAUGGGACCAACCAGGUAAAGGAAGCAGCUUCUUAGGGUGUCUUCACACUUGUCAGGUUUGCCUCCACUAACCAGAUUAUAGUACAAUUUCUUUGGCAUCAUUUCAAUAUCGGUGCACAAUUAACCACUUUAAAUGUGUAUCUUGAUCCAACGUCUGGUCAAUUCUUCUUUCAGAGGUCUUAUCGAUUUACAAAAUAUACAGUAUCCUCCAAACCCUCUUGUACACCACAAAAUAACCCUCCAACAACAUCACUCAGAUGAAUAUCUCACCACCUACAAAGGCUAGGAUAUUUUGUAUUCAUGUCCCAGAGAAUAUCUUCAACUAAGGAUGCUUGUCUUGAAUAAGUCACAAUGAGAGCAAUAGCACAAUAACACUGAUCAAUAGUCAAUAUUAGCAUUCCAAAUCUUGAUCAUGAUAUAGGAACAGCAUUAUUAGCACAGAGAUAUCAAUGGCCCAUCAGAAAUGCUAAGAAUGAUUUAAAAAAAAUUAUAGUUCACUUAAUUGUUCCUGUACAUGUUUAGUGUGUUUAUCAAGAAAUUGUUAUUAAGCAAAGGUUUCCCAAGUAUUAAAAAUGUAAAGUGAAUCAAUCAAGGUUCUUUCGUUUAGGAUUCAUUACCCAAUCUCUUAUCCAAUAGGAAAUUCUGAUCAAUUCAACAUAUCCCUUAUCUUUCUGCAUGUGCCCGCCACUUUUUUAAAUCCAUUUUUAAAGCUGCUUAUGACACUUCACAAAGUAAAUCAUGACCUAAUGUAUCACUUUCCACCCUACAUUUGUCAUUUUUGGUUUAGACUGCUUGCUCCGCUGAUAGUUUGUUGUUGGAGUGUAAACACAGACCACCAAACUCCUACGCUCACCGUCUGAGUUGGGUCUCAGACUCGAGUGCUGAGUAAGGCAAGUGUGAACGCUAACCAAACCGAAAAAUGAAAUACUGUAUAUCACCAAAUGUGAAAUAAAAGUUCAAUGUUACGGAGAGUCAAAUUAGGACAUUAUCAAAUAAUACAUCUAAUCAUUUAAAUGUGCCAUUAUUUAUAUUUGCAUUUAAAUGCUGAAAUCUAAUUUAUUGUAAAAGUACAUUUAAUUAUUUCAAUAUUUAAUGAUUUCAUUAAUGUAAUUAUUCCACAUUUUUUUAGGGCUGCAAGUAUCGAAUUAUUCAGUGGUUGUGUAAUCUAUCACUUGGUUUGUUCGAUUAAUUGAGUAAUCGGAUAAGACUUCACAGCCUCAACGUGUGUUUUAGGGGAAAAACAUCUAAACUAUUUUUCUAGCUUACCAUAAUUGUUUGUCUUUGUUCCUAACAAAUGUGUAUCAUUAACAUUAUAAUUGCAGUUUAAACACGUGUGGUUUAAUAAAAAAAUUAAAUUAAAUUACUGUUUGCUACCAGACCAAUCUCGGGACCCACAAACUACCGCUCUAUUGCAGCAGUUGCGCAGAAACUGUCCACAUUUCUAAAGUUCCAGGCACUCCAUGAGGUACGGAUUUUCUCAAUUUUGGUUGGGAACUUUUAAAUCAAGUUACUCAGCCUUAUUUGGUUCAGUGUGAACAGUUACCGGACCACACUCGGGACCAGUGUACCGUGCUACAAGUGUGAACACACCCUCACUUGUAAAAGAUUCUUCUCUGCACACAGUCCAAUAAAGCUCUCUUCCUGAAGAGCGCUUUAAAUCUUUUUUUUAUACUCUAUUCAUCAGACAUGUUUCCCCUCUGAACUGAAUCUACCAUCUGUCUCCCGCCUUUAAAGAGAACUUUGCAGAUAAAUUAGUCUCGUAAAUAGCCUGACGGCUGUUACAGCAUUCUUCGAAGCUUUACUAUUCACUUUUUGUCUGCGAUGUUCUAAAUAUUGGAAUUUUAGCUGAACGGAUUAGACUUGUUGAAACUUGGCAAUAUACAGUAAUAUGGUAAAAGUCCUGUCAGGAGCUUUCUGCUAAACUGGUUUUGUCUCAUGGGAUCGGCUUUGCUGAUCUUGGGUGGUGUCUUGUUUGAAACACAGGAAACUGACUUAUAAAUGCCAAAGCGCUGCACAGACAAUGCCAUCGAUAGCGUAUCCUCACAGGAAUUAAAUGUGAGAUAUAAUAUUUCCAUAGACAAAAACACCACUGCCCUCGUGCAAAUUCUGUAGCAGUUCUGCGAAAACACAUUUGAUUAAAAUAGUGUACAUGCAUGCCUUUCUGGAAAUAGAGUUCCUCAGACUAGCAAAUCUAUCACUAUUAAUGGAAGUUAAAACACUAUUUAACCACAUCUUUUGUUUACUACUUGGGGUUGCUACUCUGCCGCCAUUAUUUCAACGUAGUUAAGAUUUCCAUAUUGUACUAUAUAAUUAUUUAUUGUGUAUUCACAGAGUAUACGGUAAACCCAGUUUCUGUUCUCAAAAUGGUGAGUGCACUGCGCUUAUGCACUCAAAAGACUGAAAGGACCCAUCACAUUCAGAUGACAAAAAGAAAAUCACAAACCAGUUCUCUGUAUUUGUUGUUCUGAAAAUGAAUCUGGUAGUCAUUUUCCAUGACGUAAAUUAUUUGAGUAAUCUGUAGAUAACUAACUGUACUUUGAACGCUACCUUUCCGUCGCUAGACUUGACAUGUGACAUCAUCUACAAAACUGAUGUUCAUUUCCUUGCAUAGACAGUGUGGUAAAGGCAUGUACAACUAUUAUUUAGAUCAUUUAAUUGCAUGUUUGUGUCACCAUGGUUCUUGAUUACCGUACUUUUCGGACUAUAAGUCGCUACGGAGUAUAAGUCGCACCUGCCGAAAAUGCAUAAUAAAGAAGGGAAAAAACAUAUAUAAGUCGCACUGGAGUAUAAGUCGCAUUUUUUGGGGAAAUUGAUUUGAUAAAACCCAACACCAAGAAUAGACAUUUGAAAGGCAAUUUAAAAUAAAUAAAGAAUAGUGAACAACAGGCUGAAUAAGUGUACGUUAUAUGAGGCAUAAAUAACCAACUGAGAACGUGCCUGGUAUGUUAACGUAACAUAUUAUGGUAAGAGUCAUUCAAAUAACUAAAACAUAUAGAACAUGCUAUACGUUUACCAAACAAUCUGUCACUCCUAAUCGCUAAAUCCCAUGAAAUCUUAUACAUCUAGUCUCUUACGUGAAUGAGCUAAAUAAUAUUAUUUGAUAUUUUACGGUAAUGUGUUAAUAAUUUCACAAAUAAGUCGCUCCUGAGUAUGUCGCACACCUGAACUAUGAAAAAAACUGCGACUUAUAGUCCGAAAAAUACGGUACUUCAAAACUGAUGAAAA